AUGACCAAAAAAAGCUACGCCAAAAACACGAAGAGCAAGACCAAAGGACCGUGGCCGGUGCCAAAGCGUGGGAAGAUCAGAGCAGCAUUGAAGAAACCAUCCAUCAAGAAGAAGACCUACACCCCCACACCAUAUGUUCGGCAUGGACAAGUGACCGUCAAAUUUCGUGCACAUCGUGAACGAUGGGGUCGCUCAAUCCAGUCUUUCAUGAGCAUGUCCUAUCCGGAGUUGGUUCGGGUCUUGCAGAAGGAUAAGAUUUUGCCAAAUUGGGAGGGUCAGCUCUGUCCUCGAUGCGGUAACGGUACCUUGGGGAAGCUCAAGUGCACGAAAGCCCGGAAUGGUUGGUUGCAUCAGUGCAGUGGGCGUGGGUGUAAGCAGUAUCUUCAGGUGGAUGACUUUCACCCCAUCUUCUUUCGUGGGAGUGGAAACUCAGUAACUCCACUGAAUGUGCAAGCCUCCAUUCUGUAUGCGGCCGUGGCAGGUGUUUCUAUGCAAGCAACACACCUGAUUUUGGAUGUCGACCACAAACCCGUCGAGCGCAUUUUCCACAAUCUGGAGGUCGCUAGGGCGCGUUAUGUACAGCGUGAGGAGAAGCACAUCGUGUACGGGACCAGCAAAGGUGACACAUGGAUGGACGUUGAGGCGGACGAGGUUGAUUUGGGAAAAGCGUUGGAGGAGGAUGAUGAAGGCAAGGGCAAGGUAGUGCGGUGGGAGCAAUGGUGUGGCAUCGUGGAAAGGGGUCGUCCAUCUUCCUUACGACUAGUCCGCCUGAACCCUCCCACUACGAAGACCCGAGCGCCAGGACCAGGACCCAUUCGGAAGUAUGACUGGAAAAAGAUCGGAACCCCCCUCCUCUCAAAUCGCCAAGUUGUUCUUCAUACCGACGGUGCCCGAGCGUACAAGCUGAAGCUUCCAGGACUUCUCCAUUGCAAUGUAGUGCACAAGAAAAAAAAGACCAUUGUCAACAAGAAGGUCGUUUGGGUGAAGCCGCACUACACCAAGGUGCACAAGCUCAAGCUUCCUAACAAGACGAUCUUGAAGGUGAAGUCGGGAACACAAAUCAUUGAUCGAUUUUGGGCACAUGUGCGAAACCACAUCAAGCACACCCCCCGCGCACCCGGUAAUCAUGCACUGACUCGCAAAAUUCGCGUUGCACAGUUUACAUACUGGUUCAGAACCAAGAAUGCUUGGACCACCGCCGGCAUGAUGCUUGACACAUUGUCCCAUGCGUAA